UGACCUCAAGAACAAUGCAAGCCAAAGAUGGGCUUUCAUGAACAAUCCAUCAAAGUGGCUUGUGCUCGUCAUUGAUUGGCUGUACUACCGCCAAGCGCACUGGCCAACGUUCAGCCACUUCCAUUAGUGCUUGGCUUCAGCCUUCAGUGGGAAAGUGGCAGGUGCGCCAGGGAGGGAGGGAAGUGCAGCAGUGCUAUCAUGACGGCACUGGAAAGUUGCCAACUUGUGGCUCAUCCUCGACUGUAACUUGCGACAGACACCAACAGCUCAUGACAAGAGCCCACAGCAAGCCAUGAGAAGAUUGAUUUUCCACUUUGAAUUUUGAGCUGUCCAAUUACUAUUCGAGUCCCACAAGUGCCACAUAUCACUAUUACGCUCCACGAACAACUCAGCAGCCGUUGUGCUAAACCGACGAUACGAUACACAACUAGCUUCACCUAACGUUGCCCGACCUUCUUACGAUAAUACACUUCCCUCCAUCACGAUGGCUGCGACAACGGAGCAAGCUCCGCAGCAGCUGAGCGACGCUCUCGUCGCCUUCUCCCUCGAAGGUCGAUUCCCCGACGAUAUCUCCGUUCUACCUCCUGUAUCCGAAACCGACAUGCAACCUGCGAUCCAAGCUCUGGCGAAAACCAAGCGAGAUCUGGAGGUAAUAUGACUCCAUUCAAACGAACUCCAACCAGCUAUGUUGCUCACGACGCCCACAGGCCGAGCUACAUACCAUCAAUCAAGAAACAAAGCAAGAUGUUGAUUCCUGGGUACGGAAUUCAAAGACUCUACAAGAAGACAUAUUCCGCUCCAAGGCAAUGGCCAAUGAGAUUGAACGGCAAUCUGAAGCUCCUGAUGUCUCUGGUGAGGCGAUUCAAGAUGCAGAGGAAAAGGCCGAGUUCUUAAAUCGGGAAGUCCAGUACAGUCAACAGCUGCACGGCGUAUUGCAAGGCAUCAAACGUGUCAACCAGCUCCUAAGUGAAGUCGAAGCUGCCAAAAAUGAAUGUCGCAUAUUAGACUCUUUACGGCUACUUGAGAAGUCAUGGGAAGCAAUUGACCAAAUUGGUGUAAGCAAAACUUGUCGAGUCAUGAAACUUUUGAAUCUUCGAAGUUUCGAGCUCAAAUCUUCUGUUCAUGAGGUUUUCGACCAUAUAUGGAAGACAUUGAUUCAUGCGGAUAUUGAGACACGCCAAUUCGCCGUCUACAAUGCUGUUGAGGAUGAGCAAAUGAACCUGUCCGAUGCAGUAGUUGGCCUUCAAGCUUACAAGGAGGUCGAUGAACGCAUGGAGCAGUUAUGGCGAAACGUAGAUGCCGCAAUCAUAUCUCCCCGUAUGGAUGUUAAAAGUGACACGUUGCCUACUAUACGGGCAGAUGGAGAGAUCCUCAAGUUAUCAGGGGGAGCCCCAAGAUCAGUCGAUGCUUUGCUCGACGACCUAGAAACGGCCUUCGCUUUUCUCGCCCAAAAACUUCCUUCUGAUCUCUUGCCAUCACUUGGGAACUUUAUGAUGGGGGACGUGAUACCCAAGCUUAUUGAGGAGUGGCUGGAGGUUGCAGUACCUUCAUCGCUGAAAGAGAUGGACAACUUCCAGGCCAUGAUCAAGAGAGCUCGCGAGUUCUGCCAGUCUCUGACUCAACAUGGAUAUACGGGCUUCAUAGAUUUACAAAACUGGGUUGACAAUGCGCCGUCAAUAUGGCUUGGAAAGUGUCGAGAGACAACGCUCGACUCUGUCCGAUCCAAGUUACUUGGUGGAAUUGGCGAGUCAAAACAGGUUGAGAAGGUUGAGAAGCAAAUGGUAUCCCUGGCAGAAGGCAAAGAGAUCACACAGACGCCAGGAGGAGCUGCAGCAAACACCGAAGCUGCUGACUGGGGGGCUGAUUGGGGUGAUGCAUGGGAGGAAGAUAAUGAGCAACCCGAAGGCCAGAACAAAUCUGCCUCGAAGGGACCGGACUUUACGAAGGCUGACGAAGACGACGGAGCAGAUGCAUGGGGAUGGGAUGAGGAGGAUACCACCACUGAGGCUAAAGACACCAAAGAAGCCCCAGAAAACGAUGAUGAAGAUGAUAGUGCUGCUGCUUGGGGCUGGGGAGACGAGGACACGACCCAGGAGCCAGUACAGGCAUCGAAACCAAAUGGCAAACCCCCUCAUUCCCAAGAGGAGACUCGGGAGCUCGUACUAAAGGAGACAUAUAGCGUGUCGUCCAUGCCUGAGCCUGUCCUUGAACUAAUUUAUGCCAUCUUGGAGGAUGGUGCUGCACUCACGAGGGAUGAUGUGAAAUAUGCCCCUGUUGCAGCUACAGCGCCUGGUCUAUUUGGUCUACCAACAUUUGCAUUGGCCUUGUUCAGGGCCAUCUCACCUCAUUACUACUCUAGAAGUGAGGGUGGCAACAUGUUCCUAUACAACGAUGCUAUGUAUCUAGCAGAAAAGCUCUCCGAAUUCGCUGGUGGCUGGAAGAAGCGAGAAGACUUAACACCUAGGGCGCGAAACAUGCUACGGCUUGACAACGACAUCAAGAGCCUGCAAGCCUUCGCCAAUCGCAGCUAUGCCAACGAGAUGAACAUCCAAAAGACCAUUCUUCGAGAUUUCCUUGGUGGAGCGCAAAGCCUCAUGCAGCAAGAUGAGAUGGAGGCUUGUGUCGAGUUAGCUUCAGGCCGCAUCCGUGCCAUGGCUUCUGUCUGGAAAUCUAUCCUCGCUCGUUCAGUCUGGACUCAGGCUCUGGGUUCGCUCGCCGAUGCUCUCGCGACCAAGCUCAUCACAGACGUCCUCGAGAUGUCGUCCAUCGGUCAAGAAGAGGCAUACAAUAUUGCAAAAACAAUCGCUACAGCUACUGAGCUCGACGACCUCUUCCUGCCCAGCACCCUAACAGGAACUGCCAAGUCGGAAAAUGAGGUCCCUCAGACUGCCCAGUACGCCCCUAGCUGGCUACGUCUCAAGUAUCUGAGCGAGGUCCUGCAGAGCAAUCUUAACGAGGUGCGUUAUCUAUGGUGCGAGAGCGAAUUGAGUCUGUACUUUUCGGUCUCUGAGGUUAUAGACCUUAUUGAGGCUAGCUUCGAGACGAACUCGAGGACGAGGGAUACCAUUCGUGAGAUUCAGUCCAAACCUACACCUUUGGAUGGGCGAUGAGGUAUUUUUAUGUAGCGAUGAGGGCUUAUGUGAGAUAUUUUGGAAAUUUAGCAUUUAUGGCGCUUUAGAAAUAAAAUUUGUGAUUAUCUGGCCGUAUAAAGCUUUGCUCUGUUUCUGUUUCGU